UAGCAACGUUAAUCACAAAAAAACUGUUUCAUGUUUUUUUUUGUUAUUGUCAAUUGAAUUUUAUUUAAUUUCAAGUUAAAAUGUUCAUUUGAAAAACUGGAUUAAAUUAGUGAUUUUAUUCCUCAACAAUGGAGACUUCUCAAGAGGAGGAAUCGGUUUCAGAUCUUCAAUUUAAGUUGAAAGAGAAAAUUCGUGAACUGGAAGAGGCUCAAAGGAAUAACUCCAAAUUGUCAAAUGAAAUUACUAAAUUAACGAGAUUUAAUAAAGAUUUGAUCAGUCAAAUUGAUCUAACCAACAGUAAAUUACAUGUACUCUUGGGAGUCUGUGAAGGUCGUGCCGAUAAAUCUAUUCAAACAGAAUCAUCAAUUGAUAACACCAAGAGAUGUACAUACUGUCAAUCAGCUGCAGUUUCCAAAGAAAACCCAUCUCAGAAUCAAAGUGAUAAUGCUGUUUAUAAUCAAGAGAAUUGUAAGCAACUGAAAGCUGCUGAUUGGGCCAAAAUAGCUCAAGAAGUGGUGGACUCUAAUGACUAUAUUUUUGAACCCACAUCCAAAACAUAUUAUUCACAAUCAUCUGGAUGGUACUAUUAUCCAAAUGAAAAGCUUUUCUUUGACCCUAAGUCUAAAAAUUAUUAUACCUUCAACCAAGAAACUAAAAGUUAUGAUCAAUAUUUAGUGGAAACUGCCGAUGAAUCUAAGGUCUCCAAGAAGGAUAAAAAGAACAAAGCUGAACAAGAAUCUGAGGAGGGAGAAUUGUCUUCAUCAUCAUGUGAAUCAAGUCCUAAGAGAAAUGACAAAUCCAGUCGCAAAAAAGGUUCAAAAUUUGAUAUGGAAGAUGUGGAUAGCUAUGAUUCUGAUAUCAAUGAUGAUGAAUCCAACAUAUCUUGUCUGCGUUUAAUCGUUAGAGAAUCAGAAUCUUUGAAAUUGGGAAGUCUACUUCUAAUUACUAUAACAGGUGCCUUGAUAGGUAACAGUCCUGUAUGUGAUUUAGUCAUCACAGAUCCAAGUGUGAGUCGAAAACAUGCCCGCAUUUCUUAUGAUCAGAAAAAACGCUGCUAUCUAAUUGCUGACUGUUCUAGUAAACAUGGCGUUUUCUUGAACGGAAAUCGACUCAAAGGAGAUGAAACUCGAGUCAUCAAACAUGGAGAUAUUCUAAAAUUAGCAAAAACUGAAUUUUUACUUCAUCAUCAUUAUGGUAAAGAAGUGACCUGCAAUGGAUGCGAACCUGGUUGUGUUCAAGCUGACCUUAUCGUUUGUGGUAGAUUGGCAAAAGAUGAUGAAGAGGACAUUGUGAUUGUUGAAGACCGCCAUACUGCGCUUAAAAAGCUAAAAAAGCGUUAUGGUGUUUCUUGGGAUAAUGAGAAUCUCGUGAAUUUACCACAAAAUUAUAACGAUCGUGCCAAGAAGAGAAGACUUGAAAAAGGAAGCGAUAAUCCUUAUGAAAAGACUGGAGAGGGAACAUCAUUAGAUAAACCAUUAACCCAAGAAAAUAAAGGAUUUAAGAUGCUUCAAAAACUUGGUUGGAAAAAGGGUUCAGGAGUUGGAAAAUCUGCAUCAGGAGAUACUCAACCUGUACCCCUGGUCUCUUCUGAGGGUCGCACUGGCUUAGGAUUCCAUUCCUGAUAAUUCUUGUCAACAUUUAUAUGUAGUUGUGGUUUAUUCCAGAGCGUUACUUAUUUGACUGUGAAUUUAAGCCACUUAAGUUAUUUAUUUUCAUAAAAACAUUUUUUUUCUAACUCAAAGCUGUGUAUUGACUAAUGGUUCAAUGUAUUAUUUAUAUUUAGAGCCAUCGUCCUAGUGUUAUCAAUAUUCAAUUUCCCCUAUUAUCACAGUUACGCCAAUUUAAAUCAAUUGAUUUGCUCAUGUUUACCUCAUAGGUUACUAUCAAUUGACCUGAUUUUCUCCAAUUUGAAAGUUGAUGGUCUAGAUAAUUCAUUGGUACCUAAAGAGUGAAAUUCCCUUCAUCUUUUAAAACGCCCGUUUUUAUUUUUCUAAUUCUUCACCACUAUCAUCUUUAACCUAAUCAGUUAAGAUUUGAUUGGAAAUCACAGUUCUUAACAUGACCUGAAUAUACAUACUCUUGGACAAAGAUGUAACCAGAUAACUGAUAAUUGGAGAGAUGCUGUUCACAGUAACAAAGCAACUUCUAAUCUCAUUUUUGCCUGGUGUUUACUUUUUAAUUGAAAAGAAACCUGUAGUCUCUUGAAGCGGUAACAAUAAUUGAUGUCUCGAAAUCAAAGCAAAUAAAACUAGCUGAAUAAUUUGUACCAUCAAUAUCCAAAGAAUGGGGUUGUUGAUAUUCCUAUGAUAUUUUAUGUCAAUCAUAAUUAUUCGGUCAAACGCUGAUCUAGCACUACUAAAUGGAAAACAGAAAGAGUUAAUUGUGGUUAAAUAAAUCAAGCGAUAUCAAUUUAUAAA